UAAAAUUAUCUGUCAAAUGGAAUAUUGAAAAUAUCUAGAAGAAGAGACUCUAGAAGAAGAAAAGCAGUUACUCUAUGACUGAUAUUACUUAAUGAAGUGGGAUGAAGCUAUAGGAUAUAGCAUGGCUUUUGGAUAUGGAGCCAUUGACACCCUCAACUUAAGAUAUGGUGAUGAGAAUAGAUAUAAUAGUUGGAUACCAAAGCUUUGGAUGCAUCCUGGAGAUAAGAAAUUGAGACUUUCUGUAGAUGUGAAGAAUAUGUCUAAAAAGUGUUUGAAACGUUAUUUAAGUAAUUGUGAGAAAGCUAAAUUUGAAAAAAUUGAAAUAAAUUGCCAUAGGUUAAACUUUAAGACUCCAGUAAAAUGCAUGAUACCUUCUUUGAUAAAAAUUCUUCCAAAUGUUUUAUUAAAAUGCAAAUUUAGUCAUCUCUCAAUACAAGGCAGUCAGCUCUUCCAAAUCUUCUGCAACAUAAAUAAAAUGACAUAUCUUGGUUUUGCUUUCUGCACAUUACAAACAAUAAAAGCUAUUCCUUGAGUGAAGAAAAUUUCAGAAAUUGAUGUCCUUUGCCUCAGAGAAUGCACUAAUAACUCAGAGUUUUUGAGCUUAGACCAUCCAGAAUUAUAUUCAUUAUUUUCGUUGAUGAAUAAACUAGAGCUCCAAAAGUCUUUGAUGGUAGUAAAAGUGCACUAUAACUCUCCAAAAACAUGAUAUUCAAAAAUUAUAGACUUAAAGAAAACAUUGGAGUAUAAUAAAACUCUGUUCAGAUUGUGGAACACUAGCAAUGGAGACUAUACUAAAUUAUCAUAAAGAUCGAUAAAUCCUUUUCAACUA